AUCAGCUGAUCACCUAUGUUGAUCAAGAACUGGGCAGAUUCAAAUAACAAUAGCCAUACAUGAAUUUUGAGAGUUCUUUUUUUCAGAUUAAACCUUUAAAAACAAAAUGACCAAAUUCAAAGAAUCCAAGUCGAUUAAACCGUUUAGUUAUUUUCUUGAGAAAGCCAAGAAAAUAAUCGAACAGAAAAAUUAUCCACUUGCUAAAUCCUAUUUGAUGGCAGCCAGAGCGAUAGAUAAUGAUAAUUUCCUGAUCAAAGUAGAAUUGUAUAAAAUGUCCAAACUAGAAAAGGAUUAUGACAAUGCAUCCAAAAAUUUUACCGAUUUGUUCGGUAAUAGUAAACUAUGGAAUCAAUUAACCGAUAAUUCAAAGCGUCAUAAUUUAGAACAAACAAAUGCUUUUAAGGAUUUUUUCAUCGAAGAAAUGAAAUGCAUUCUAUUUUCAAUUAGUGACCAAUGGAGACAUUGUCUGAAGAAACAAGAUUUUGAAAUUUUAUUUAAUGUCAAUAUGAGUGAUGCAAAAUUUUAUUAUCAACUUUGGAAACAAUUUCAAGUUGAAGAUCGAAUCCAUUUUGUAACUAAAUUUUGUUCUUUUCACACGGAUAAGAUAGAACAAUUGAUCGAUUUAUAUAUAUUCAUUUUGAUACAAUAUCCUCAUAAUAAUAUUAUACAAGCAGCAAUGGCAUUGAUCAAAAUCAUUGAAAAAUUCUCCCAUGUUUUAGAACCAAAAAUUAUCGAAUAUCUUCGUGAAAAGUACACUUUUCAUGUGUUACCUGUACUGUUUUCAUCUGAAUCUUACUACGAAACAUUUGAUGAAUCCAUAUUAGAAAAACAUUUUCUAAUAGGGCUAAAAUAUUUUAUUCAAGAUUUUUUUGAUGAUAACCAAGAAAAUAUCCAAACGAAACGACCUUUGCUAGAAAAGAAGCUUAUCGAAAUGGUUACCUUGAUUGGUAAACAUAAAAAGUGGGAUAUUUAUAAGAACGAUAAUUCAUUGGAUUUAUCGCGAAUCGAAUCGAAUUUAGAAACAUUAUCUUCGUAUAUUCAUAAAUGUUUCUGUCGUGACAAUGAAGUUCUUGAUCUCAGUUUUAAAAUGGAUCCAUCAAACUACCGGAAAAUCGGUUUCUAUUCGAUCGUAUUGUUCACAAUCCUUUUUUGUCGAUCAAUGUCCAAGAUUAAAAAUUGUAUCAUUUGCGAAAAACUUUCCGGAUAUUCUGAUGGAAAAGCUAUGGCCCAUUUGAAUCUGAAAAAACGGAAACUGAUGAGCUAUGCUCCAUGUUUGAUCGCUGCGGAUAAAGAGCUGAUACGAGAUGUUCAAUUGUUGCUUGAAUUUAAUGUUUCUAUUGAUUUUAUCAAACAAGAAUUUGAUGCCUACAUCGCUCAAAUUGAUCUUCACAAAAAUUGUCGGUUUCUUCAGUACAAAAUUUGUCAUUCAUUACAUGAAGCCAAUUACCAUGAGGCAAUGCAGAUUUUGAAAAAUUUCGAAUAUAGAGACAUUGUUAACAAUAAUUUUUCCAAUCUCUUAUAUUGGCUCCAAUAUUAUAUACAAUAUCUUACAUUGAGUAUAAAAUUAAACCAAUCCAAAGAUGCUGCUAUAUUUGUCAUCAAAAUCAUCGAUCUUUUAUGUUCAUCAGUAUCAAAUGAUUCAGGUGAUCCAAACCUAACUUUUGGUUAUCAAUUAACAAAAAAUCUAUUUGACAAGAAUGGUAACGAAAAAUCAGAGAUUAAUUAUUGUAGUAUAGAAUUGGCCAAUGAAUAUUAUAAUUCAAGACAAAUGAUAUUUCUCUGUCCAACAUUAGAAAAUGUCAUUGCAUUAUUAAUCGAUGCAAGUAUUAUAUUAUUAUCAUCUUCAAUUACGGAUUUUACUAUUGGCCAUAUAAUGGUUCUAUCACAAUAUCAAUGGCCAUAUUUUUAUCCAGCAUUCAUCAAAACAAUGAUGAUCAUACGAACUAAAGCGACGACUUUUAUAAAACAACAACCACCACCACCGACAACUACUAAACCGACUUUUAUUUAUCCAUUAUUUUCAUCAUAUAUAUUCGAAUCAGAUAUUAUAGAAGAAUUUCAAGCAUUGAUUAAUGAUCAUGAAUUCAAUUUUCAAUUGGAACCAAUGAAUACUGUAUUUAAAAACAAUCAAGAAAUUUCCGAAUUAUUUUUAAAUAUGAUAAAGCAAACAUCCGAUUCAAAUACAAAGAUUGAUUUAUUUGUUGGAUUUUUGGUCAAAGAAAUCAAAUCAUUUUUGGCCGGACAUCUUGUCAAUCAAUAAUGAUUAAAUAAAUAAAUUCUUUUAAUGUUUUUCUUUAUUUUUUUACGAUUAAACAAGUAACCCAUAUCA